AUGGGUAUAAAAGAUACAUUAAAGAGAACAUCUAAGAUUUUCACUAAUGACUCCCUGGAGAGCUUAGAGGGUGCAAACAAGGAUACAAAAGAAACAACUUCCAAGGGCGCUGAAGCCACCGAAGGCAGCGAGACCGUGGCUGAUGGUGCUAAGGAAGAUGUUGUAGAAGCUAAAGAUGCAGUCAACUCCGAAGUGAAGGACGUUGGUGAUAAGAUAGAGGAACCCGCUAAGAAGGAUGAACCAGAGGUAGAAUCCGCUGGAGCCGAGACUAGCAAGAAGGAAGAAAUCGUCGAUAAAGUUAAGGAUACCAAGGAAUCAGCAACCGAGAAGGCUAAGGAAACCAAGGAAGCAGUUUCGGAUAAAGCCGAUGAGUUGGCUAAAGAAGGUGAGAACGCGAAGGCAGAAGUUGAAGACUCCUCUACGAAAGUUGGGAAGGCUACUAAGAAAAACGAUAUAUUCAAGAAGUUCUGGAUUAAGUUUAAGAAGCCAGCAAAGAAGGAGACUUCAGCUUGA